AGUACUUCUUGCUGGCAGUGCUCAACCACGAAGCUGACAAACACUUUUUACAAUUUUUGUAAUCAUUGCCCGCUGUUCGUUGAUUUUUUCAUAUUUUUCUGCGAUAUCACGUUUUUAGUAAAAUGUCUGCCCGUUACGAUCGCGCUGUCACUAUUUUUUCACCAGAUGGCCAUCUGUUGCAAGUGGAGUACGCCCAGGAAGCAGUGCGUCGAGGAUCUUCGGCUGUUGGAGUACGUGGUAAAGACGUUGUUGUGCUGGGUGUAGAAAAGAAGUCUAUGCCCACAUUACAGUUAGACCGGACGGUGCAGAAAAUUUGUACCUUGGAUGACCAUGUCAUCAUAGCCUUUGCGGGUUUAACUGCUGAUGCGCGUAUUCUUAUUAAUCGAGCCCGUGUAGAAUGUCAAAGCCACAAACUGAACGUGGAGGACCCCGUCACAUUGGAAUAUAUUACACGGUACAUUGCCCAAUUGAAACAAAAGUACACACAGAGCAAUGGCAGACGACCAUUUGGUAUUUCGUGUUUGAUAGCGGGAUUCGAUAGCAAUGGCGAUCCACAUCUUUACCAGACUGAGCCGUCUGGGAAUUACUAUGAAUGGAAGGCGAAUGCCGUUGGACGUGCUGCCAAAACAGUACGCGAGUAUUUAGAAAAGCACUACAAGGAGGAAAGUGUUGCAGAAGAAGAUGCCGCUGUUCGGCUGACCAUUAAGGCACUUCGAGAGGUAGCACAAGCCAGUGGAAAUUUGGAAAUUGUCGUGAUGAAGAAAGCGGAAAAGCCUGGAGAUACUCCGAGACUGGUAACGCUGUCUGCAGAUGAAGUUAAGAAACAUGUUGAGGCUAUCAAACAGGAAAAGGAGGAGAAUGAAAAGAAAAGCCAGAAAAAGUAAAAUAUCGAUAUAAAAUUUGGAAAACUUAUUUCCACACACAAUAUCUUUGUUAGUUUCCUCUACUUGGUAUGUAAGGCGCCGAUAAGCGGAAAUAAAACAUGUUUUAAUAAAGAUCUGUACAAUCCCAAGUCAA